AUGAGGUUCUUCCGUCUCCUCCCACUUGCUCUCGUGGGUAUCUGCUUCGCCGCUCCGGCGCCCGCUGAUGGCAAUACAACCGGCGCAGUCCAGUCUCUCGAAGCUGGCAUUGCCGUCCACUCCAUCGCCGACAACACCGUCACCACGCUGGACGCUCCCUUCAAAGCCCCCAGUCUAUUACCACGAAACGAGACUUCCGUACGUACCACGCCAGAAAACCUCCACCGCACCAGCAUCAGCAUCUCCGAAUACUGUGACGCCGGCGUCCUCAAAGCCCGCGGCUGGCUAAGCAACGGACGAGUCAUGUUCGAACUCCACCUGAACGCAGAGCAGGUGACCAAGAUCAGCCUCCACCCUGGACACGAUCAGAUCGUCGGCCCGUACGACUUCGCCUCGCACGCAUUCGGCAUCGAGCACGACGGCUGCAAGUGGAGCUCUGAAGGCGGGUAUCCGUGCGGAUGGUGCAAGGCGCAGCCGUGGACACUGGGGCCGCUGAACUGCCAGACAGGCCAGCGCGGAAACCAGCGCUUGACCUACCGAACGUGCUACUUCGUGGACCACAACCCCCCCACCCUCUCCGCACGAGGUCAAGAACCCACAAUCUCCCCCCCACCACCUGCACCCUCUCUCCCCUCCGAAAACCUCGUGACGAUCCAAGGCUCCACCGUAACCCUGCACCCCCUCAUCAUUCAAACUACACUCCCCGCCACCCCAUCCAACCAAAUCUCCACAAUCCUCCCCUUCCACCUCUUCCUCUACGAAUCCUGCAGCCCCAACACCUCCCCCAUCGCAGGCGCAGUCUACAAAAACGGAAACAUGGCGCUCUCGCUUUCGCUAACGCCGGGGUUGAAAACGAGUAUCCAGCACUUGGUGCCGGGGUAUGCGAAUUUGGAAGUUGGGCCGUUCGAGUACGGCGCGUCGAGGGUUGGGUUUCGGUACGUGAGAGCCCCGGGAGAGGGAGAGGGGGAGUGUGUGUGGAGCGAUGAGGAGACUUGGAGGAGCUGUGGCGAGUGUAGGGCUGGGUUGUGGUCCGCGGAUUCGCUGGAUUGUAAGAGGGGUGGGGUUCGGUGGAAGGAUAUGGAUUGUUCCGUGUUGUUGGGGUCCGCCGAGUAG